AUGAUGGAGCUGCCGGAACUAGAGCCGCUGUUCCAUGCGCCGCCCGCGUUGGAAGACGCUGAAGCGUCUGCUCUGCCCAUGAUCCCCGUGACAAUUCUAUCUGGUUUCCUUGGCGCAGGCAAGACGACGCUGCUUAAAUUUAUCCUGUCCGCGUCACACGGAAAGCGCAUCGCUGUAAUCGAGAACGAAUUUGGUGAGGAGAUUGGUGUUGAGAGUCUUGUGGCUAAGGAUGGCGCAGGUGGCGAUGUGAUGGACGGGUUCUACGAACUCAGCAAUGGCUGCGUGUGCUGCUCAGUACGUGACGACCUCGUCAAUACGCUGGAGAAACUGCUAGAGCGUCAAGACCGCUUCGAUUACAUUGUGGUGGAGACCACAGGCAUGGCAGAUCCAGGUAAAGUGGCCAGCGUCUUCUGGGUGGAUGAUGAGCUCGAGGGACGAAUUUUCCUAGACGGAAUUGUAACUCUCGUGGACGCGCCACGCCUCAACUUCCAUUUGAAACACCCAGACACGCAGAGAGAGGCAUCGGCUCAACUGGCCUAUGCAGACAGGAUCUUGCUGAACAAGAGCGACCUCGUGCCCGACAAGGAACAGCGACUGGCGAUAGAAAAGAAAGUGACACAAGCCAAUGGCAUGGCCAGCGUCCGAUGGGCCGAGAGAUCCAGAGUCGAGCUGGGGGACAUUCUCAACAUCAAGAGCUUCACGACGAGCAGGGCUGCACAGGUGGAGAAGGAGUUGCAUACACUACUGACUGAGGGUAAAGAGGAGGACCACGACCACGAGGAUUGCAAUGAAGAGAGCGACGUGAACGCGACCCACACGGGAGGUAUGCAGACCACGUGCGUGAGAAUUCGAGACGGGUUAUUGGGCCGGGACAAGCUCGAGAGGUGGCUAGGAGAGCUGCUAUGGGAACAGGGCAAAGCCGUGGGUGCAGAGAUUCAGCCGGGGUCCGAAGCUGCUACGCGUCAGGAGCUUUUCCGUGUGAAGGGUGUGGUGGCGGUUGCAGGAGAACCGAAAAAGUUUGUUUUGCAGGCUGUGCACGAGCUGUUCGAGGUUUAUGCGUCAGAAGAAGACUGGACUGAAGAUGAACUCAACUGCAAGGAGAGUCUCGUCACGCAGGUAGUUUUCAUAGGUCUCCAUCUGCGCAAGAGCGAGUUGGAGGCGGGUCUGAGGAGCUGUGUUGUCGCUGAUCAUUAG